AUGUCGAGAUAUUUUGAAACAAAGCCAUUAACUGCUAGACAAAUUGAAAUAAUCCACCAAUCCAUUCCUAUUCUCGAGCUGCUUGAUAUUCGAUUAGGUGAAAAGUUUUAUAAAAGAGUAGUUAGAAGAUAUGAUAACCUUAAACCGUAUUUCAAUGAAACAAAUACUAAAUUAUUACGACAACCUCGUGCAUUUGCGUAUACAAUUUUAAUGUAUGCUAAAUAUAUUGAAGAUUUGAGUCCACUACAAGAACUACUAAACAGAAUCAUAUCAAGACAUAUUGGAUUGCAAGUUAAACCAGAACAAUAUCCUUUACUUGGAGAAGUUUUCAUAGAAACAAUGGCUGAUUUAUUCCCACCAGGAGUUGCUGAUGAUGAAUUUAAAGAAGCUUGGGCAACAGCUUAUGGUAAUUUAUCCAAUAUGUUGAUUGAAGCUGAAAGAGUUGAAUAUGCAAAGAAAGCUUGGGAUGGUUUCAAAGAAUUUAGAGUUACUAAAUUCAACGUUGAGUGUUGUGAUACAAAAUCAAUUUUUAUUACACCAAUUGAUGGUAAACCUAUUCCUAAACCAAGAAGAGGUCAAUAUUUAUGUAUGAGAUGGCAUCUUCCCAAUGAAAAAUUAGAAAAAACAAGAAUAUAUUCAAUUUCGGAAUUUCCAAAGGAGAACGAGUAUAGAUUAACUGUUAGACAUAUUCCGGGGGGACAAGUUUCUGGAUAUAUUCAUAAUCAAUUACAAGUUGGCGAUGUGGUUUAUGCUGGGCCACCAUGUGGUGAUUGUUGUUAUGAAAGUCGCAAAAGUGAUAUGGUAGUAUUAGCUGGUGGUAAUGGAAUUGCAGCAUUGAUGCCAGUUAUAGAAGCAGGUUUACAAGAAUGCAGAAAUGUGAAACUAUUAUUUUCAAAUCGUUCUACUGAUUCAAGAUCAUUUGGUGAAUUAUUAAGAACAUACAAGAAAACAUAUGGUGAUAGAUUUGAGGUUGUGGAAUUUUUAUCUCGUGGUAGAGCAGUUGAUCCAGUUGGUCAAUAUUAUAGAAGAUCAUUGACUUUGGAAGAUUUAGAUUUCAUCACUGCUGAACACGAUGUGUAUCUCAUUGGUCCAAGAAGUUAUAUGAUUAUGAUUGAUGAUUAUUUAUCACGAAGAAAUAUUCCAUUCAAAAUGGACUACUAUGGUCCAACGGAACUUAAUUACCGGUUGGAGUAG